GUCGCAACGUUAUCGCUCCUAUUGUCGCCGACUCUCGCCAUGGUCAACCACGGGCGCUCUAAUGGUUGUCUUACCUGCAAACGACGACGAGUGAAGUGUGACGAGGCGAGGCCCAACUGCCACUCUUGUCAGCGCCUUGGCCUUCAUUGUGGGGGCUACAAGGCAAAACCGACCACGUUCAAGUUCAAAGACCAAAGCCACAAGUUUGGCACCGAGGUCGUCCCAAAGAAGGCCUGUCCUAGCCCACGACCCCUGGCUGAACCCGACACAAGCGUCCCGUUCUUUCUGCAGCAUUAUGCUGUCAUGGGCCGUGACAUGCAGUCAGCCAGUGGAUUCUUCGAGCUGCUGGUCCCAGUCUACUCCUCUCAGCCACAGAAAUCAGCCCUCUCGCUUGCGGUAUCAGCCAUAGCCUCGGAGGUGAUAUCUCUCUGGCGGCACGAUAGCUUCGGAGCACCACAAAAGGCUUAUCUCCAGGCCGUCAAGUGUCUUCGGAGUACAAUCCAGGACCCCAGUGAAAGGGGCAAGCCAGCAACCGUGUUAGCUGUUUUAUCGCUGCAAUUUUAUGAGAACCUUGCUGCUAUAUACGACCGUCGCCCAGCUUCGAGGGUCCAUCACGACGGCGCUAUCUCUUUGCUCCCGUUCGCGAAGUCGGACUUUACCAAUCGGUUAGUCAGUGGAUACCUUCGAAAGUAUAUUUUUCAUAGCGAAAUGUCCUCGGCCAUUCGCCAAAACAGACCGUUGCAAAGCAUUGUACGCUCGUCUUUCACUGAGAGCAACGAUUCGACCACUGAGCCUGCCAACCCCAGUUUUUUGCUUGAUUCCAUAGGUGCGUCUGUCGCCGAGCUGCAGGCCAGUUAUUUUCAGCGAGCAAAUCACGACGACCCCAUGCUUUCAAAACAGCACGACCACAGAGAUUGGAGGACCGAGGCACAGCACAUUGACGAACAGCUCCUCGCUUGGGCUCGAAGUGUCCCAGAAUAUUGGAGGCCUAGGAAACUCACAAGCGGCCAAGACAUCGAACCGUUGAUUCCCACCUAUGAGUCUGUCUGCGAGGUGUACCCUUCCUGCCAAAUUGGAACGAUCUGGAAUCUAUGGCGCGUUCAACGCCUCUUACUCAUCAAGAUCAUCCUCAGUUCCGACGAAAUCUCGGCGAGGGAUGAAGAUUUCGUCAGUUGUAAACAGGCUCUACAAGAGCUAGUCGACUCGGUGUGCCACAGCGUGCCUUUUUACCUGGGAAACCAAGCCGGACCAUUAAGUCUUGCAGACUUCGCCGAUCCGGCUGUUUUUCUCCCUAUUGAUCUACUCCCUCCCGACGAUGUGCUGGGAUCGGGGAAUGAAAGCAACUGGAAUGAGCAUAGGAGCCAUAUUAUCGCCCAAGGACCGUGGCAUAUCUUGAGUCCGCUCAGCCGUGUAGUGACAUUCUUCUUGGAGGACCACGGCCCUCUGAUGAAGACUUUUCUUCGACCGGGGCAGUAUGAGUGGAUUCGUGAACAAUUCUUGCGUGUUACCAUUCUGCUUCGGAUUCCAUUGGUGGACACGGACAAUGCGGAUGAGGUAUCGCACCAAUUCAACUCGUCUGUUCAAGGAUCGGUGGAUACUAGGGUUGAGAAUCUUGCGAGGAAGGUCAGAAAAAGUGCGGUGUUUAUGAGUGGUCCGUAGGACUUGUUAUGGCUACUAGACCCUGAUAGAUCUGCUUAUGGGUAUUUUCUGAAAUAGUGUAAUAAUGAUUGGCAGGGACAUGUCUGAAUGGGUCAACCCAGAAACAUGGCUAGCCAGAUACUUUUCUAUCUAUCCAUCCCAUGUGAAGACAACAGCAGUGAUUGAUGGUGUAAAAAAAAAAAAAAAAAAAAAAAAAAAAAAAACAUACAACCGCAUGUAUAUGUCGGUCCUCACUCAGCCCAGCGCCCACGGGUUUGCCGUUUUGACGCCAGCGCUCUGGCGGCUUUAGAUGAAGCCUUUAGUCCUUGAAUAUUUUCCACCUAAGCUAUCAGAAGUUGGAUUUUGACAUUAGUAUGAAAAAAUAGAAAGACUGGGAAGAAAUGCCUUUAAAAACCAUGGCGCUCAUAUUCUCCCCCUUUUCCACUUUUUAUACUCCAGAUUGCUUGUUCAAGAUGCGUCAAGAUCUAGCGGGGAGAUUUACGUGUGUGGUUAACCUCGAUGACCACGAUAAUAAGAAGAUAAAAGAAGCCGUUCUUCUAAAGACAGAGGCGGAUUAUCAGAAAAUUCUCAAAAUAUUUAACCGGUAGAACAUGUGAAUUAUUCUCCGUUCUCUAAUUAACAUUCACUAACUUAAACCAUUACUUCCUAUUUCUCUUUCUUCACUUGCAGUUGACUUCUAGACCCUCCCUCCUCUCCCAGG